AUGGACAACGACAGGAGACGAUCCCCACCUGCUCGCUCACGCCGCGUGCGUGCUCUACCUCCCCUCCUCUACUUUUUCAUAUGGACCACGGCAUCCAUCUGCUCCUCCUUAUCUCUGCAGCCACCCAUCCUCCUCCCUCACGUCUCUCUCGCCCCUUCUUUCUUCACCUGCAAGCAACUGGAGAGGAGGAAAAAUCCCCAUCGCCACCGUGACUUCCUCACCGUCGCCCGCUCGAUUCCGGCCACCCCGAGCCUCGCCGCAACCACCAAUCGACGCGCCUCGCUUCCCUCUUCCUCCUGGCGCGAGGAAUCGGCCCGUAAGGCCUCCUGUGAGGCGAUUCCUUCCUCGACAUCCGCCACGGCCGCCGUCGUUCUUCUCCGAUUCCGGCGCCGUUCGCCCGCCUCCGGCCACACCGACCUCUCCUUCGUCUUCCUGACCUCGACGGCGGCGCUUCUCCGGCGACCCCCUUCCGACUACGCCGCCCCCAUCAGGUCCGCGCCGACGAGGCGACCUCGACGCACCCACGCGCGCAUCCGGGAGCCCUCUACAACGACGGCGCGCUUCGACACCGACGGUCACUGCCUGCGCCACGCGCGGCAGUCUCCCCGUCGAACGCCUUGCCUGCAUGCGUGGACGCUUCGCCAGCGUGGCCGCCGCGUGGCACGUAGGCCCCACCUGUCUGCCUCUCGGGCUAGCCCCGUCCCCGCAUUUGCUUCUUCACGGAUAGGAUCGCGAAGUGGUGAUGUGAGAUACGACUUGUUCUCCGACAAGUUCUUCUGCAGCUUUUCACAGGUACGAGAUGACGACGUUAGCAAGGUUACCCUUCCGGCUUGGCCUGGGCAGGGUUAUGGACGCCACUGGUUAUCUUCAGGACUCUUAGUCUAAUUUGUAUCUUGCCCGUACUCGGACAUAUUUGAUCUUCUGUAUGAUUCGGAUCUUUGUAUUGUAUAUUUGUAUCUUGACUCGUUGGAGUCGUUGUUGUAAUAUAUGUAUCUUGUGGGCUCUAUUGUAA